AUGGAAGACGGGGAGCAGGCAGCUCAAUACCUAGAUAGGGCCAAGACCACCUGGAGGUCAGUCCACAUUGAACCCCAUGACCAGAGCGGAACCACUCUCAGCAUGUGGAAGGAGAUGGUGGUGAAUGGGACGCCCACAGAAGUGAAAACCAAGCUUAGGGCCACAGUGGGGCUGAUGGCCUUGCCCACUGCCCAAUUCAACUCCCAUGUCCACCAUCACAUCUCUCAAUACAACAAAGACAAAGGCACGGCUGAUUCACAAGUUCAGUCGCUGCAACUCCAGUUGCUCAAAUUACAAUUGAAUGAGGCCCAAAAGACCGCAAAGCCUAAAAAGCAAAUGGUGGCGGAGGAACCCACUGAUAUAGCCAAGAUUGUGACUCAGACCAUGAACCAGAUGUUGGUGGCCGCUCCAGCACCACCGACCCCCGCACAGGCACCGGUCGUAUACGCCGCCCCUCCAUAUCCAGGAGCCAGCUACGGAUAUGGAGGUUAUGCCCAGCCGAGUUUCUCCAACCCCCCAGGACCACAGCGCCAGUCAUACUUGGCCUACAGGGGAGGAGAGGUGGACAACGGGGAAGAGGGGCCCCAAGGUACCCAGCCCCUGCCCAGGGAUAUCCACCAGCCCCUGCCCAGGGAUAUCCACCAGCCCCUGCCCAGGGAUAUCAACCAGCCUACAACCCAGCGUCCCCUACCGGAGGUUUACUGGCUCAAAUGCCUACCAUCUGGACCUGGAACUCCUGCCAUCCAAUUUCAAUUCAACCAAUGGAGGAAGCUAAUAUACACCUUUCAUCCCUAUAAGACACCACAGGCAGAGUUGCACUGCACUCUCAACGUCACUGACGACGAAGACACGCCGUACACACAAGAUUGGGAUGAAAACAUGAUGCAUCUUACCCCAAACAUACGCUGCCUUACCAUCGUGUGCGGCCCUGAGGGGGUGGCAGCCCCAGUCAUACUCCCACACCAUAUUAAACCUUGGUAUCAACUGGGACCCGACUCUGCUCCACACGUGACCCUCGCAGUAGGGAAUGGACACGAGGCCCGAAGCCUGGGUCCAAUGAUAAAAAGGGCCUCGAAACUCACUUGGGAAGCGACUCAUAGACCUGGCCUGUUGAAAGCAACCACCGAAGAGAUGUGGCGUCUGACUAUGGUGGACACUGAGGAACAGUGCCAGCCUGAGCGCCUCACUCUCCCCAGGCAUCACGGGAAACCAUAUUCUGAUCACCCUUCCUCCCCUGCUGUCUUGGACUCCAUAGACAAGGCAAUAUGGACAACCACACCAUUUGACGUGGGAAAGUUACAGGUCCAACCAGUGUGCAUUACCCUAACCAAUCCGGCACAGGUACCAAUAUUUCGAACCCAAUAUCGACUGAAGCAUGAACAGACAGAGGGGAUCAGACCCACUAUCGAAGGCCUCCUUGGAGCUGGGUGCAUAUACAGGACUCGGUCACCCUGGAACACCCCCAUACUUCCUGUUCUGAAGGCAGGAGGAGAAACAUACCGGAUGGUGCAGGAUUUCCGGGCUGUAAAUGAAGUUACCACACCCAUCGAUCUCCCUGUUCCAGACCCACACAUCAUACUGAGCAACCUGUCACCCAAACAUCGGUAUUUCACCGUAGUGGACUUGGCCAAUGCCUUUUUCAGCAUCCCAUUGGAUGAGGCUUCCCAGCCACUUUUUGCCUUUACCUACGAGAAUCAGCAAUUUAACUAUUCCGUACUUCCCCAAGGUUACACUUCUUCCCCUGGAAUCUUCAAUUAUAUUCUGAAGACUCACCUGGCAGAACUGAAAAUCCCAGAAGGAGUGAUACUCAUACAAUACGUAGACGACCUGUUGCUGGGGGCUCCGACCUCAGACCUCUGUCUAGAAAUGACUAAAACCCUGUUAGACUUUCUGGCAGUCAAAGGCUACAAAGUCAAGAUGUCAAAAGUCCAAUCAUGCAGACGAACCGUUCUGUUCCUGGGAAGGGAAAUCUCAAGCGAGGGGGCCGGCCUCUCAAAAUCACACCGAGACUCAAUCCUACAUCAUCCCAGGCCCAUUACUGUUUCAGGAAUGCUCUCUUUCCUGGGGUUGACGGGAUACAGCCGUACUCACAUCCCAGACUAUACUGAAAGAACUGAACCUCUGAGAGAAAUUGUUCGAGAAGCUGGCCCAAGAAACCUACAGGCCCCACUUACAUGGACUCCUGAAGCUUCAACGGCGUUUGGGCUCCUGAAGACUGACCUGUCUGUGGCUGCUGCUCUCACGGCACCAGACUACGGUAAAACAUUUCACCUGGAUGUUUCUGAAAAGGAAGGCUUUGCAUCAGCCGUCCUUUUUCAGAAACAUGAGGGGGAGAGAAGAGUACUCAUGUACCACUCUUCAAAACUUGACCACAUUGAAACCGGCCAGACCGCCUGUUCCAGAUACGUUGCGGCGGUAGCCAAGGCGAUUGAGAAGACAGCCCAUCUGGUAAUGUGCCACAAUAUGCAAAUACACACCCACCACGGGGUGGCAGCAUACCUCAUCAGCAAAGAAUUUACCUUCAGUGCGGACAGAAAAAACAAAAUCCAGAACAAAUGCACCCAGUCACACAUCACUUUUGUGAACACCGACAAGAACAUGGCAGAUGCACUCACCGCAGAAGAUGGCCUAGCACACUCCUGCCAAGAGAGGGCAGCACAAGAGCUCAAACUGAGACCAGACCUGGAAAAUGAACCACUGACAUCUCCAGACCUAUGGCUGUACACAGACGGAUGUUGCUACAAGGGAGACACAGGAAACGUAGCUGCCUAUGCGGUCGUACAGCAGCUGCAUGACAAAACACAUGUCACGUUGGAAUCAGGAAUUAUCCCCCAGCCAGUAUCGGCACAACUUGCGGAAAUUGUGGCUUUGACUCAAGCUCUAGAGAAAGCCGAAGGAAAAACUGUAAACAUUUACACGGACUCGGCAUACGCACACGGAGCUGUGCACAUAGAUGGACCACAAUGGGUUAGGCGCAACUUUACCACCACAGGUAACCUACCCAUCAAGCACCGAGCCCAAAUGGAACGUUUGAUGCAUGCCGUGUCCUUACCAAAGACAGUGGCCAUAAUGAAAUGCCGAGGCCACCAAAGACUGACCAGCAGAAUCAAUCAAGGAAAUGAUGCCGCAGACCUGGCAGCCAAGGCCGCAGGAGGAUACAGCCCCCGACAGAUGGUGCUCGGGAUAGAACCGGCAAGGACUGAAUUGACAAGCCAGCACAUACUAGAACUACAGGAAGAGGCAGGCCCUUACGAACAUUCGGUUUGGACACAGAAGGGAGGCUCUAAGGGACCAGAUGGAAUAUGGAGAUGCCAUGAUGGCCGACUGGUGGCUCCGGCUAAUCUCUGUCCAGAACUGAUAAGGGAAGCCCAUGGACCCACUCAUGAAGGGAAACUCAGAACUUUACAGAAGGUUUCGUACAUAUGGUGGCACCCCCACAUGAAGGACAUGACAGAUUUAUUCUGUGACGAAUGCAACAUAUGUGGGAGCCACAAUCCAAAGAAGCCUUACCAAACCCAGAUGGGGGCCUACCCGGUGCCAAACGCAUGUUUCCAAGACAUCAGUAUAGACUAUACAGACAUGGGAGAAGACAAUGUAAAGAACGGGAAGAGAUAUUUGCUAGUAAUGGUAGAUAGAUUCUCUAGAUGGGUAGAAGCAAUUCCAACAGCUAAGGAGGAUGGGAAAACGGUCAUUAAGUGGCUACAGACAGAACUCAUACCUAGAUAUGGGGUCCCUAGAUAUAUCCGUUCUGACAAUGGGUCCCACUUCGCAAACAAACACCUGAGACAGGUGGAGGAGAGGUUCGGCAUUAUACACAAGUUUGGUUCCGUGUAUAAGCCGCAGGCCCAAGGCCUUGUGGAGCGCUGCAACCAAUCUCUGAAGUGUAAGAUAGCCAAAGUGUGUGCUGGUACAAAACUGACAUGGGUGGAGGCCCUGCCACUGGCGUUGAUGGCCAUGAGGUCAUCACCUGGGGCAGGGACUCAUCUCUCACCCCACGAAAUAAUGACAGGGAGAGUAAUGCCAGGUCCACCAAGAGAGGGAGGUCAUAUGCCCCCUCUUGAUGUACACCAGAUAGGUAUGACUGACUAUGUAAGAAAAUUGACGGAACUGUCCGCAGCUCUUUCCAAACAGAUACACAAAGUCCAUGAGGGGGAGCUGACGGGAGAUCCGGAGCAACUGAGGGUAAAGGUCGGCGAUUGGAUGUUUCCUCUGCUGGAUAAAGACCUACUUGAAUUCGAGGAUGAGGAGGAGAGUGCCUAUUAA